AUGUGGACAAGACACAGCUCAACUUUGAGCUUUACACCCUCUGCUAAACACCAUGGCACCAACAUCACCUGUAAGGUGGGCUUCACAGGUGGGACAACCGCAGAGGAGACGGUGACUCUCAAUGUGACCUAUGUGAAGGAAGUUGAAAUCACUGGAAACACGAGUGUGAGGGAGGGUGAGCUGCUUCAACUGACCUGCAGUGUUGAAAGUUUCCCUCCAUCUCUUGUCACAUGGACAAAAAUGUCGACCAAAGACAUUAAAAGUGGAUCAAAACCAGAUGUGCAAAAUGACACUUUAGCUAACCCAGAGAACACAACUGAAAUCUACCUACUGAGUGGAAAUGGACAGGUGACUUUUUCCAUCACCAAAGUGACCGCCAAAGAUUCUGGACAGUACAUCUGCACAGCAAAUCAUUCAAACAUCACCCAGAUGGAAAAAGUUGACAUUGAAGUGAUAUAUAUGAAAACACCUGUGAUCACUGGGAAUACAAAUCUUACUAAAAGUCAAACUCUGAAUCUGACCUGCAGUUUUGAACGUUUUCCUCCGUCCCAUAUCACGUGGUCUUUACCUGGUUCCAACACUUUCCUGCUGAAUGGCACUGGAUCAGCGACACUUGUCAUCCCUAAUGUUAGGGUGGACAACUUUGGAAGGUACAUCUGUACAGCAAAACACCUGGACAUGACUGUCACUUUGUUUACUGAUGUGACUUUGUUUCCAAGCAUCUUUGAAAACUCAGGAUGUGAGUUUCAGUCGGGGCUCUUGACUUGUGUCUGUAUCAGUGAGGGUUUUCCUUUACCCACUAUCAGAUGGCCGCUGUUAAGGAGCCGUACUGAGUACUCUGUCAUGACAUCUGUGACAAAUCACACUGUCACCAGCACCAUCACACUUAAUGUAGAUGACUACAGCAACACUUUAGCUGAGUGUGUCAGCAGCAAUGAAAAUGGGGAAGCAAAAGAAAACCUCACCAUUGAGAUGACCAUGCCAGCUAAAAAAGAUGGAUCCAGGGUGUUAAAAAUGUUUUCACGGUUGGAGGUUAUCGUUGCCUUUUUGAUUGGUGCACUUCUUUCAGCCGUCUUCUGCUUUUUAGCAACCAAAUGCCACAGAAAAAGACAGAAUAGCUCUGGAAAUCUGGAUAAGACUUUGGAAAUGGUGACCAGUCAAGAGGAUCCGCUGAUAGAUGCAGGUCAAGAAGUGGAAGAUGAUCAGACCUACGACCAAGAGGUGAUGGAAGCAGGAGGAGCUGUGGCAGAGGAGAAAGCAGCCCUUGAUCCGGACGGUGGACCAAAUGACGUGGAGUACGCCAGCAUUGAUUUCUCUGUGUUGAAAAGGAGCGCUGCAAAAAAGCGAGAGACCACUGAGACAGAAUACGCUGAAAUAAAGAAAGACGUAAAAGAGCAAAGAGAAGAUCAAAGCGGAGGAGAAGGUGAAGUGAUGGAGGACAAAGAGGAAGAGAUGAUGAUAGGGGAGGAUGAGGAGACAAAAAACUGUGUUCCAGAAGAGGAGGAGGGAGAGGAUGAAGCAGUGUACUCCAAUGUGAAGGAUGUAAUGGAUGAGAUUUGAGGACCAUGUUGCAUUUUAAAGUUGCUUGACGUAAGUUCUCUGGAUCUGAGCUUCAAAUGCCAAAUUCAGGCCAUAAGGAACUGUAAUAAUCGACACACUUCAUCAUAUGGACUUUGCAAAUCAAUUCAUUCAUGUAUCACUUAUUUGGAAAUUUUGUACAGUUGAGAAGUGCAAGGAAGACAAAAGAGUACUGCCUCUCUUGAUGAGUUCUCAUUUAACACUUAUCAUAGAUGAUGUCAUGUCUUUCUAGGGUUCUUCUGGUCUAUCCAAAGCUCUUCCCCAUUUACUCGGAAAAAAUGGACCCUCAUUUUUACCCUUUGCAGCCAGGUGGUGUCAGUGUUUCAGAGGUUCAUUUGGGAUCUUUCAGACCAAUUUGACCAAAAUCUUUUUUAAAGGCCUGUGUAGAAUGGCCAUGCUUUCAAACCAUUUGUAAUAAAUGGAGAACUGCAGAUAAACAAACUAA